GCCACCACCGGCCGACCAACUUCCAUAUCUGUUUUCACUCUUUUCUGUAAAAAAAAAUAUCAUUUUUUUCACUUUCCCCUUUGAAAAUUCUGACUAAUUUUUGCUUCUUUGAUUCGUGUGAAAGAACAAAUCUCUAAUUCACAUGCUGUACUGUCACGCUUGUUUUUGUUAUUACUACAAUAUUCCAGUUUCUUCUCUCACAAGAACCAAAAAUACAAAUCUCUCUUUUGUGGGGUUGACUCAAAUUUAACAUAUAUAUGUAUUUUUUUGGUUUUCUGAUUCUUUUUUAAGAUACCCUUUUGGAUUUCCAUUGAGAAAGUUGGAAUCUUUUUUUGUAUUUUUGUGUAUUUGGGGAAGAUGGUUAUUGAGAGUAAUUACCAGAUGAAGGUGGUGAAAGGAGAUUAUGGUUAUGUUCUUGAAGAUGUUCCUCAUUUGACUGAUUAUAUCCCUGAUCUUCCUACUCAUGACAAUCCAUUGCGGUCCAAUCCUGCAUAUUCAGUUGUGAAGCAGUACUUUGUUGACAUGGAUGAUACUGUCCCGCAAAAGGUUGUUGUUCACAAGGACAGUCCCAGAGGGGUGCAUUUCCGACGUGCUGGUCCACGUCAGAAGGUGUAUUUCAGUUCGGAUGAUGUUCGUGCUUGUAUUGUAACUUGUGGUGGUUUGUGCCCUGGGCUAAACACAGUGAUCAGAGAGAUUGUACAUAGCCUUGAUUAUAUGUAUGGGGUCAGCAAAGUCUUUGGGAUCGAUGGAGGCUACAGGGGUUUCUAUUCCAAGAAUAUCAUCAAUUUGACACCAAAGACUGUUAAUGACAUUCAUAAACGUGGUGGUACAAUUCUUGGAUCAUCACGAGGAGGCCAUGAUACCACAAAGAUUGUUGACAGCAUACAGGACCGUGGAAUUAAUCAGGUUUAUAUAAUUGGUGGUGAUGGAACUCAGAAAGGAGCAGCUGUAAUAUACGAGGAAAUCAGGCGGCGUGGUCUCAAAGUAAUUGUUGCUGGGAUCCCAAAGACAAUUGAUAAUGAUAUCCCUGUUAUCGACAAGUCAUUUGGUUUUGAUACUGCUGUAGAGGAGGCUCAACGUGCCAUAAAUGCAGCUCAUGUUGAAGCUGAAAGUGCUGAAAAUGGUAUUGGUGUGGUGAAGCUAAUGGGACGCUAUAGUGGAUUCAUCGCAAUGUAUGCCACUUUGGCGAGCAGAGACGUUGAUCUCUGUCUAAUUCCAGAGUCGCCAUUUUAUCUUGAAGGAGAUGGCGGACUCUUCGAAUACAUUGAAAAACGGCUCAAAGAAAAUGGGCACAUGGUUAUUGUGAUAGCCGAAGGAGCAGGGCAAGAACUUCUUGCAGAAGAGAAUGCGCAUGCCAAAAACGAGCAAGAUGCUUCGGGUAACAAGCUUCUUCAGGAUGUUGGUUUGUGGAUUUCCCAGAAAAUCAGGGAUCAUUUUGCUAAAAAACCUAAGAUGCCCAUUACUCUUAAAUAUAUAGAUCCGACUUACAUGAUUCGUGCUGUUCCAAGUAAUGCCUCUGAUAAUGUAUAUUGCACUCUUCUUGCUCAAAGUUGUGUUCAUGGAGCAAUGGCAGGAUACACAGGUUUCACCUCAGGACUUGUCAAUGGUCGCCAGACUUAUAUUCCAUUCAAUCGUAUUACCGAGAAACAAAAUAUGGUGGUUAUAACUGACAGGAUGUGGGCACGUCUUCUUUCGUCAACCAAUCAGCCAAGCUUCUUGCGCGUGAAAGACGUUGAAGAGAUUAAAAAGGAGGAGCAGCCGCAAACUCAAUUGCUGGACGGGGAUAACAAUGUACAUGAGAACUCAGGUCACUGAUACAGUAAUAAAAAACUUGGCGCGACACACUGAAGUAACUCUGUUGUAAUCAUUUGCCUGUGCAGUGGUUCUCUUGUUGUCUUUUGAAGCUUUGCUGCUUACCAUUGUGCCUUAUAAAACAGUCUUAGGAACUUAUUUGUUGAAGGUUUUGGGAUCUUCUGCAUCAGAUGUUGGCAGUAGUAACAGAUAUAUUUCUGCCUAAUUCAUCUAAAGUCCUAAUUUCUGGAAGUGAAAUUAGACAGCUUUUUAUAAAAUAUUUUGUAAUAAAUUUAAAUAGUGAGAACAUUUGCUAUGCAUAUAAAUAAUGAACUGUGUUGCUGGAUGGUCUUUUGAGA